AUGAGAGCCGGCUACUAUGAUGGCUUAAUGAACGUAUUUGUUCGCCGAUUGGGAGUGACCGUAUUCUCAAUCGAUUAUCGAUUAGCACCAGAAUAUCCGUUCCCUUAUCCGGUUGACGACUGUGAGGCUGUCGUCAGCGAUUUGUAUCAUAACAGUUGGAAGAAAUACGAUGUCGACCGGGAUAAAAUCUGCGUCGCAGGUGAUAGCGCUGGUGGAAAUCUGGCGGCUGUCGUUACGCAACGAUUAGCACGAAGAAAUGAGAACUUCAUCAAGUGUCAAGUCCUCAUCUAUCCGGUGGUUCAUGUCUUCGCUUUCCAGCUACCCUCCUAUUUGGCGUACUAUGAGAAACGGGUAAAAGAAAAAAAAAAGUGCAAAAAUUCAAGGUAUAACGGGACAUCACUGUUAAAUCCUCGUGCUAUGGCCAGAUGGAUAUUGCUUUAUCUGGGACUACCUGCUCAUAAGAGGAAUGUCGAGUUGCUGACCGCCAAUCAGCAUAUUUCAGAAAAACUCGCUUCAUCAUCAGCAAUUCGGGCGUUGGUUGGACAUAGUGUGGUGCCGAAGGUACCCUUAUCCAAUUCAAAAGAGCUUAGUCAAGAAGAUGAAAUUCUUCUGCGGACUUUUUCCACAAAGGGGACUGACCCUGAUGUCUCUCCUCUGCUAGGAAUCAGGAAAGAUCUCCCACCGGCUCUCGUACUUACUGCUGAAUAUGAUGUCCUCAGAGACGAAGGGAUUCAAUAUGCAAAAAAAUUAGAAGAAGAAGGUGUUCCAUGUGAAUGGAAGCACUACAAAUCAGCAUAUCAUGGUGUCUGCAAUAUGCCAGGUAGUCCAGUUCGACGAGACAUGACUAAAGAUAUUUGUAAUUUUUUGAAAAAUUAUAUUUAA